AUGCCUGUUAUUCAGAUUUGGUGUGGAGUUUGUAGGGAUUCCGGUACGAUGCGUAUCUUGGACCUGGAAGUAAAAUCGCAAUCAACGUCUUUUAAACCGGUAAAGAGGGGGUCACAUACGGCUACCCUUAUCAAUGAUAAACUAUACAUCUUGGGAGGACAUAAUGUUUCAGCUGAUCCAUCUGGAAUGACGGGAAAGCAAUUUUUUUAUCUUGAUGUAUCAGUAUCGUUUAGCAUAAAAGAUGUCAAAUGGGUGAAUUUAACGAGCAAUAAUUCAGUUCCCCCGCAUUUCAGAGCGAGCGCGGUUAAAGGAGGGGCAAAUAAUAAAACGUUAUUCUUAUAUGGGGGAGAACCAAUUAAUGAACAAAUUGAACAAAUGGAAGUGGUUUAUACUUUUGAUACUCAAGGUAAUUCUUGGAGUAUACCGAAAAUCACAGGAAUUUAUUCGGUUCGAAAGAAGAGUUUGUUUCCCGUCGUUGAUAAUAAUGGGAAAAUGUUUUUAUUUGGUGGGUUUACUUUUGCCAUUUUUAAUGUUAAUGAUUAUGUAAAUGAUAUGACCAUAUUGGAUACGAUUAACCUGAGGUGGGAACAGGGCAGUUCAAUUAAUGCACCCACCCCAAGAGGGUAUUAUGGUGCUACUCUAUUACCGGAUCAAAAAAUAAUCUACAUUGGUGGCUAUACAUCCGAUCAACCUCUUUCGUUAGAACAGGUAUAUUUAUACGACACAAUGAAUGACGAAUGGAGCACACAAUCAACUAGUGGAAAAAUCCCGUCUAAUAGAGAUUCUUUUUCCGCCGUUCUCGGAUUAGAUGGUCAAAGAGUGAUAAUUUAUGGAGGAACAAAUAUAAGCAAUUCGGAUGCGUUGUAUGAAUUAAACGUAAAGGGUUGGGAAUGGCGCAUUCCAAAGGUUCAAAGUGAUAUUUAUUUACUUGAUAUAAGUAAUAUAGAUGAAUAUCAAUGGACAAAUCUUUAUACUCCUUCAGAUUCUUUGAUAUCAUCCCCUUCGACAACAACGAAAUCAAUGACAUCAUCAACGGCUAUAAAUGAAAAUGCGGUGGCGCCAAAGGAGACUAAUAACAAUUCACCCAAUACAAUGAAUGUGGUGGUUUUAGUUGGUGCAAUAUUAGGUACUUUAGCUUUUGGCAUUUUACUUUCUGUUGGUGGUUUUCUUUUAUGUAGUAAGAGGAGAAGAAAAACUCAAGUAUAUCAAGUAGCCAUACCAACGCCUAGAGAAACAAAAUCCGUUUCUUAA